AUGGCCCUGACAAACGUUGGGAAAAUUCACGACAAGUUCUUAAGAAAUAUGACAUCGCUCGAAGAAGCGUUUCCCGGAUCUUUAAUGGCUAGUUACUUCGGCACAAACGCCAACGGAGAUAUAAGUAAAUUUGAAAUAUCUCAAAUAUAA